AUUUGCGACCAUAGCGAAGCAGUGAUGCAGCGGGAGUCUUAUCGCCCUCCAUUGUCAUCUUCCUUUCGAGUUCUUCAACUCCAUUACAAUGCAUUUCCAUCUCCAACACAAUCACCAGUACCUCCAUUGAAACACCUCAAAUGGGUAACCCUUCAAUCUCUCUCAGAUUCACCAUGUUUCUCUCCCUCUCUCUCUCAAUCACUCCCUUCGCUCUCUCUCACAAUUAUACCAAACCAUCGCCAAUCCCCAAAGCCGCCCCCUCCGAUUUGCUCAAUCUUCUCGGUUCCAAAUCUCAAGCUUCGACUGUGAACCCUAGCGUAGCGAAGGAGAUAAAAUCCUGUUUCAAAUUCCUUGUUCCCUUCCAUCCAACUCCAUCCAUCGCGAAAUGCUCCAGUAGACGGAGCUUGAGAUCGAGCAGAUUCGAUGAUCGGAGUCGGAGAGAGGAAGAUGAACUCGUCUGGUGGCCGCCUCAAUCGGUUCUCGAACUCGCUCGCCUUGCUGUUGAUUCUGGUGGAGAUCCUGGGGCUAUCCAUCGCACCCUUGAUCCUGCUAUAAUCCCUAUACCCAACGUUCAUGGAUCAAAAAAACACAAAUGUGAACUCACAAGAACACCAUAUGGGAGACGCUUCAUAAGCGAGGAACUAAAUUCAUAUUUAAAGUUCCUAUUCGAGCUCAUUGCUGCUCGAUCCGCUGCUAUGGGAUUAAACGUUACAUUGAACCGUUUCGAUUUAUUUCACGGUCAUCUUUUUCUUGCCUUUGACAAUAACAGGCUUGGUAUUCUGUUUCAUGCUAAGGAAUUCCCAGCUUAUGAUGAGAAGGCUUUUCCAUACAACAUGGGCUAUUGUCAAAUUGGAUCUAAUGUACCCUAUGAUGCUUCAAUGAACAUGAGAAAUAUCCUCUGGCUGGCACCAAUUCCCAGCAAUUCUACUAAGGAUUGGGAGGCACCAGGUGUUCUUGUGGUGCUGGAUGCUCGUCCCGAUGGAAUCAUAUACAGAGAUAUCAUACCUGACUAUGUCCAUAUAGCAAGAACUAUCUAUGAAGAUGAUCUUGGGGAUGCUGUGGUUGAUGUCAACUACUUGGACACAGGCAAUGCUGUGCCAAAUUAUCAAAUAUUCAUAUGCUAAUAUCAACCUUUCAUGGCGUGAACAACUCUACCAUUAUAGAAGUGUCAUUUUGAAUUAUGUCCCUUUUUUCUUCAUUUUCCUUCAAACAUAGCCUCCCUAUUUUACACCCGUGCCAUUACCGCACGGUGACAUGAGGUAGAGAAAGAAAGAAGAGAAUCGGGUUUCUCUCGCUUUUGGCAUAGAAUUAGAAGUAGUCCACACGAUCGACUUAAACUAAACGAUCAAGUGUGCAUUAGAUAAUUGCAUGUUGUGUCUGAGUAGCGAAGGUUAGGAAUGUUUCGUUUGUUGGUCAAAUUUGGUAUAGAAACCAAAGUGUCCAAAAUCAAGUCGAUUAAUCUCGAUUGCCUGAUCAAAUUGAUCAAAGGCAAUUACAUUGUUCAUUAAA